CGCAUUCAACGUGUCAACGAGUCGAAAUGCACAGAAGCUUGUUCAUUGCAUUGCUGCUAGGAUUGUUAGCUCACUCGGCGCAAGGAGCUGAUGAGGUGCCACUGCCGACUUCUCCACCCAGGCCAGGACACUACGUACAUCAGCUGCACGGUGCAGGCGGAUGGUAUGUGCCGGAUAACAGUGGCAAAUAUCGCCAUGAUCCGAGACCCUACGAUGGCGGCUACGGGGAUCGUGGCCUGCCAUACGCCAAUGAUUUGCGCGGCAUCUUCAGGCAGGCCGAGGAGCAACUGGUGGCCAGUGUGCAGCAGGCAAAUGAUGAGUUCGCCUUGGGACCGCGUGAUCAUCUGCGUUUCAUGAUUGACUUCAACUACAAUGGCACUGGCUGGCAGAUUAUCCAGUUCGAGUGGGUUCGCGAUGGCGAUGGCAGCAACGAGGAGCAGCAACAAUACAAAUAUGUGAACGAGAACAAGCUCUGGGACACCGAUACGGCUUCACAACCAGCUCAACCAUCCUACGAGUACGGGCAGCCAGCAGUUGAUACAAACUGUGCCACAGAACAGCAUCAGACAUGUUAUGGAGAUGAAGCUCAGCAGCCGCUAGAACAACCGAACAUCGAUAAUGAGCAGGAUCCUGCUAAACUGCAAUCUACUAUCAACAAUGUACUGGAAUAUAUACAACAACGCAUCCUGCCAACACUUAACUAAGCUGUGGCUUUGAAAAAAAAUACGUAUACGCCACAAAUUCAUUUGAAAUAAAUUCUUUGCAUGUAUUUUGAAUAAAAUAUA